CCAAACCUUCUAAUCAUCUCUCUCUCUCUUUCUCUCUCUCUCAAAUCAUUAAAAAUAAUGGAAAGUAAGCUACCAGUGAUAGCAAAGAAAGUGUGGAACAUAAUACGUGUUGCCUUCUACAUGUUAAGGAAGGGAAUUUCAAAAGCCAAACUCAUGUUAGAACUCAACAUGGUUCUCAAACGCCGCCGCAAACUCGCCGGAAAAGCCAUCGCCAACCUCAUGAUGUUCCACCACCACCAACACCCCGACAUGCACCUCCAACAAUUCUCCACCACCAGGGAGUACGAGUUCAGCUGCAGCAACACCCCCAAUAACUUCUUCUCCAAGCUCCACCGCAAGAACAAGCUCUUCACGCGCUCCCACGCGCCUCACGAGUGCGACGACGACGUCAUGACGGUUAGUGCUGUCAAGGCGGUGUUAGAGAUCCUAAACAACAACAACGAUAAUGUGGCGGAGGCAUCCCCGGCGCUACCAGGGUUCAGCCGGAGCUCUACCGUAAGUCAGUUAAGGGUAACGGAUUCACCGUUUCCAAUGAAUGUCGACACAGAAUACGAUAAAGAUCAUCAAGUGGACAAGGCUGCCGAAGAAUUCAUUAAGAGGUUCUACAAAGAGUUGAGGAAGCAACCCUAAUUAAUUGAUUUUCUUCAAAUUGUUUACAAAACCAUGUUGAUUAUUAUACUGAAGUAAAGUAGUCAUACAUAUAUAUAGUAAGAGCAUGAGUGAUUAUUCUUCAGUUUGGAAAUCUAAAUUAUGGUUUGGUUAUUAAAAUAAAUAGUUUAGCCAAAUCAUGGUUUGGAAGUCUCUAAAAUAAAAAAGCAAAUAUAUGCUUAUACAUACAGUUUUGGAUAUAUGUAGAAUGAGUUUCAUGUGUGUUAAUUAUAUUUUGAGGAAAUUUGUAUGUUCAAUUGUUAAUUACUUUUAUAUAUGAAUAAUAAAAGAAUAAACAAAAUUCUAAGUUAUUAUUCACAGAUAUAUCUUCAAUUUUAUUUUUUAUGACUAAAUUCUAAGUGUAAUAAUAUUAUUAUUAGAAGCUAGCUAAAAGUGUUGCAAACAAAGAUUUAUCAUCAUGAUUAAUUAAAUUAUAAAAUUAACCGUA